CCUUCCGUCAUGGCGUCUGUUCGGGCGAAAACCCUCACCAACCUGAUGGUCCCGUCUGUUUUCUUUCUGCUGCUGCUAUGUCUGCCGCCCGGGGGAGGACAGAAGAAGAAGGAGAACCUGCUGUCAGAGAAGGUUGACCAAAUGAUGGAGUGGUCCUCUCGGCGUUCGGUCGUCCGGAUGAACGGUGACAAGUUUCGUCGCUUUGUCAAGGCCCCACCCAGGAACUACUCUGUCAUCGUCAUGUUCACUGCCCUGCAGCCUCAAAGGCAGUGCUCUGUCUGCAGGCAGGCGAAUGAGGAGUACCAAGUCCUGGCAAACUCGUGGCGUUACUCUUCUGCGUUUUCCAACAAGCUGUUCUUCACGGUGGUGGACUACGAUGAGGGAGCUGAUGUUUUCCAACAGCUGAACAUGAACAGCGCUCCAACCUUCAUGCAUUUUCCAGCUAAGGGAAAACCAAAGAGGGCUGAUACGUUUGACCUGCAAAGGAUUGGCUUCGCUUCAGAGCAGCUGGCCAAGUGGAUUGCAGACCGCACAGAUGUUCAGAUCCGUGUCUUCCGUCCCCCUAAUUAUUCUGGGACUAUUGCUUUAGCUCUGUUAGUUUCUCUGGUUGGGGGACUGCUGUAUCUGAGGAGGAACAACUUGGAAUUCAUAUACAACAAGACUGGAUGGGCCAUGGCUGCACUGUGUGUCGUUUUUGCGAUGACGUCUGGUCAGAUGUGGAAUCACAUCAGAGGUCCUCCCUACGCCCACAAAAACCCCCAGAAUGGACAAGUGAGCUACAUCCAUGGCAGCAGUCAGGCUCAGUUUGUGGCUGAGUCUCACAUCAUCCUUCUUCUGAAUGCUGCAAUCACCAUGGGGAUGGUGCUGCUGAAUGAGGCUGCCACCUCCAAGGGAGAUGUUGGCAAGAGGAGAAUCAUCUGCCUGGUUGGCCUUGGCCUGGUUGUGUUUUUCUUCAGCUUCCUGCUCUCCAUUUUCAGGUCCAAGUACCAUGGAUACCCCUACAGUUUCCUUAUUAAGUGAAGAAAAGACAGAAGAGGAGGUUAGAGGAUUGCGAAGAGGCGGUAGGUGAGGAGAAGAGGAGCCGAGAAGAUACUUGAAGAGGAGGAGGCAGCGUCACAAUUGAGUCUAGAGUGCAUGGUUGUGUUUUUUUUUUUUUUUGUUUUUUUUUUGUGAGUUUUCUUUUUUAUCGACUGGUAUCAUCAGCUCUGCAAACUGAAUAGAAAAUAAAUUAUUCCCCCUUUCACUGGAAAAUAAAGGUGUUUGGCACGUCUCUGAAUCUUUGUCAUGUUUUUUUGUGGUCCUUUUCAGUCAUUGAAUAUUCUGUGUGGGUAGAUACACUGACCUGUGAUUGUGGAAUGCUGUUUUCUAAUCCAUGUACUGGAUCUUAUUUAUGAAAAAAGUGUUACGGGUGAAGGGUAGAGUAAGAGACAACUGGAUUCACAGAGAUUGCUGUGUUGAAAGGACAGGAAGUUAUCUUUGAAAAAGAAACAAAAGGUUAGAAAGAUAGAUAAGAUUAAAGGUUGAUGCGGUAAAGGUAAACUUUUAUGAUGAGUUUGUAGGUUUGCUUGCUAAACAGGUGCAAAAUCUAUACAUUCAGCUUUUCAGAUGUGCUUCUCACAUCUUUGUCUCUGAUGAUCUUACAUUAUGCAGCUCGUGGAGAGGCACUGAUAAAGAUAAGCAUCACAUUCUAGGUUGAGAGCUCAGUCUGAUUCAGUUUCAGGGGUGAAUGGUUUUGAAUUAAUAGCGUGUGGCUAAAAUAUCAAUCGCUCAAACUGUAAAAUGAACGUCGAUUUAUACAGACGCACAUGGAAAUGCACAAGUCCAGUCAUCUAUAAGAAUGUUUGUGUCUGACGUUCGGGGCCGAGACAGACUUUAGUCUGACUGCAAGUUUACAUCUGUUUGACAAACUGUGUGGGUGCGAUUGAUUUUCUUGGACCAAGAGCAAAAUAUGUUCUUUCCUUGUCUCCACCCGUGUAAUCUCACAGAACUUUCAUUCUAUACGUAUCUGCGAAUUGUUCACUGCCUUACAAAUGCAUAAUACUGAAUUUCAAACUGACAGCUAAAUUACAGCUCAUGUUAGGCAGCUAAAACCAUUUGGAUGAGGUUAUGCAAACUUUGUGCUCAUAGUUUGGCACCGAACUUAAAUCACUGCUGCAAAAUAGUAGCACAUGAACCGAGUUCACAAAAGACUGGCUGCAAGUGGUUUAACUUUUCUUGCCAAAUGUGAGAAGCAUAGGUCAUGUAGAGAACGCAUGCAUUUCUAAUUUUUUCACUUGUGGGCUGCCCAGUAAAACAUUGAGUGGGCUGGAGCAUUGAAACCAUUUAUGUAAUCUACUGUGCGUGGGCAG